AAUUAACUAAACCCACGUCGAGCUCAUUGCACUUUCGAGACGCGCGAGUGCAUGAAAACUCCUGCGAGUUCCCUGGGAAAAGAAACCAUGCCCCCCAGGUCUCUCCCCAACCUCUCCUUUCCCACGGAGGCGAAUGAGAGCGAGCUGGUACCCGAGGUGUGGGAAAAGGAUUUCCUGCCUGACUCAGAUGGGACCACCGCGGAGUUGGUGAUCCGCUGUGUGAUACCAUCCCUCUACCUAAUCAUCAUCUCGGUGGGUUUGCUGGGCAACAUCAUGCUGGUGAAGAUAUUCCUCACCAACAGCGCCAUGCGGAAUGUCCCUAACAUCUUCAUCUCUAACCUGGCGGCUGGGGACCUGCUGCUGCUGCUGACCUGCGUUCCAGUGGACGCCUCCCGUUACUUCUUUGAUGAAUGGGUGUUCGGCAAGCUGGGCUGCAAACUCAUCCCGGCCAUCCAGCUCACCUCGGUGGGGGUUUCUGUGUUCACUCUCACUGCCCUCAGCGCUGACAGGUACAGAGCUAUCGUGAACCCCAUGGACAUGCAGACGUCUGGUGUGUUGCUGUGGACCAGUUUGAAGGCAGUGGGCAUCUGGGUGGUCUCUGUGUUGUUGGCGGUCCCUGAAGCUGUGUUUUCAGAAGUAGCACGCAUUGGUAGCUUGGAUAACAGCAGUUUCACAGCAUGCAUACCCUACCCACAAACAGAUGAGUUACACCCAAAGAUUCAUUCUGUGCUUAUUUUUCUUGUCUAUUUCCUCAUACCCCUUGUUAUCAUCAGCAUUUAUUAUUAUCAUAUUGCAAAGACUUUAAUUAAAAGUGCACACAAUCUUCCUGGAGAAUACAAUGAACAUACCAAAAAGCAGAUGGAGACACGGAAACGCCUGGCUAAGAUUGUUCUGGUCUUUGUGGGCUGCUUUGUCUUCUGCUGGUUUCCCAACCACGUACUCUACUUGUAUAGGUCUUUCAACUACAAGGAGAUAGAUCCUUCUCUUGGGCACAUGAUCGUCACCUUAGUGGCCCGUGUUCUGAGUUUCAGCAAUUCCUGUGUCAAUCCCUUUGCUCUUUACCUGCUCAGCGAAAGCUUUAGGAAGCACUUCAACAGCCAGCUCUGUUGUGGGCGGAAGUCCUAUCCCGAGAGGUCCACCAGCUACCUCCUCAGUUCUUCAGCAGUAAGAAUGACUUCUCUGAAAAGCAAUACAAAGAAUGUGGUGACCAAUUCUGUCCUGCUCAAUGGACAUAGCACAAAGCAAGAAAUAGCACUGUGAUGGGAUACCAUCUAAUUCACUCUUGGAAAAUACCAUUUUCAAAGUUUUUCCAUUAUUACUGAGCGAAGCAGAACUAAAUAAUGUCCACAUUUAUACUGCUCCCUAGCUAAUUCAUCAGGAGAGCUCAUGAUUGACUCAAGUGCAAAGCAAAUACUUUUGUCUGAAUAGAAAGAAUUUUACAUUACACUAUACACGUCUAUACUGCACACACAUAACUCACAUAUCUUCUGCUAACAUUGGUCUACAAAUUCCCUUGAGAUUUAAGGUGUUUAAACAAGCAAAUGUGGCAUAUUUACUUUAAAUUCCUUUUAUCUUAAAUCAUAGAGAGCC